GCAGUUUGGGAUUUUAACUGAAUUUCGCAGUCUUCAUUUAUAUUGGCAAGUAGCGCAACGAACAUCUUCAGUUCUCCCAGAUCGGUCCAAACGAUUUUUCAAUAGAUCGCCUAGAACUUUUAGAAAAGUAAUUUACCUUGCUUUAAGCAAAAUAAAAAAUCAAAAAAUGGCGCGUGCAGUAUUUUGCAUGGCCAUCGCUUGCAUUUUAGUGCAAUGCGCUCUCUCUCAAAACUACGAUAAGGAAAAUCGCCGCCUUAUUCUGCAAAUCAAAGACCAAAAAACGACCAAUCAACAAUACUAUUCGUCGAAUUUCGAUACCACUGAUGCCUAUCGUUAUGGCUAUGAUAUCGGUAAGACGGGCAAUUUCCAUCAUGAGACCCGUGGUCCCGAUGGCGUCACCUACGGUUGUUAUGGUUACGUCGACCCCUAUCAUAUGUUACGUGCAACACAUUACGUUGCCGAUACACACGGUUAUCGUACCGUCGAACCGCAGAAGCCGGUCGAGGUCUAUCCAGUAUAUGGCGAAAAAGGCCAUGGCGUAAUUUUGCAAUGGGAUGAGCUAUACUUCCCAAUAGGCUGUGGCAAGUUCGAGGGUGGCGCACGGCCAGAAUUUCCAGUAUUACAAUUGGGUGAUAGGAAUAAGCCUAGCGGUUUUACGCCAGGUUUUUCAUUUUCCCAAGCAACAGGUGUGCAGAGUGGCUCAGCCAUUCUCAGCCCCUCACGUUAUGCCGAACAUGAACGCAUACCUGCGCCAUCAGCUCAUGUGGUGGCCACAGUACGACCCGGUGCGAAUGGACCAUAUCCAGGAGAUAUCGGUGGUGGCCAAUAUACAGGCAGUACUGGGCCAAAUAUUGCUGGGAAUGGCCCAUAUAGUGGUGGAAAUGGCGCAUAUAAUGGGGGUAGCAGCGGUGGCGGUAGCGGCAAUGGGGCAAAGUACCCGAGCGGCUCCGCUGGUUUAGGUGGAGGCAAUAAUGGCGGUGGUGGCGGAAGCUACAACAACAAUGGCGGUGGCGGAGGCGGUGCAUACAGCGGUGUCGGCAACAAUGGUGGCAGCGGUAGCGGAGGCAGCGGCAACGGCGGCAGAGGAAACGGAGGCAAUGGUAGCGGCGACGACGGUAGAGGAAGCGGAGGCAAUGGUAGCGGCAGUUAUGGCGGUAGCGGUGGUGCUUACUCGCCCGGACCGCUCGGUGGAGUAGGUCCGGGUGGCCCAGGGGGGCCGGAUGCUUUGGCAUAUGUAGAGUCCGGCUCUCCUGGGGGCCCGAAUGUAGCAGGAAAUGGUAAGAAUGAAGGUUUUGAUGGUCGUUAUAAAGGUAUUAAAGAAGGUCAAUAUGUCCCGGACAAUUCGGGCAAAUAUGUUCAUAUUGAAGGUCCAACUGGUCCACCAGCUCCUCCAUAUGUGCAUAUUGAAGGACCUAAUGGCGGUUUUGGCGGUGAAGGCGGUGUCGGCGGCAAAGGCGAUGGCGGCGGCGUAGGACCAGGCGGCCCAGGUGGACCAAAGGGACCCGGCGGUCCAAAAGGACCUGGCGGCCCAAAGGGUCCACCCGGCCCACCUGGCCCCCCCGGACCACCAGGACCAUUCGGCCCAACCGGACCCGGCCCAAAGGGACCAUUUGGCCCUCCCGGACCACCCGGCCCACCUGGACCAACACGUCCCGGCCCACCAGGACCACCUGGCCCACCCGGACCAACACGUCCCGGCCCACCAGGACCACCUGGACCAACACGUCCGGGCCCACCAGGACCUCCAGGACCAACCAGACCCGGCCCACCAGGACCACCAGGCCCUCAACCACCAUACAAGCCAGGACAACCAUUGAGACCCGGUCUACCAAGUGAUCCAAGAGACUCAAAUAAGAAUACACCCGGCUAUUUGCCACCCGUCUCAAAAACUGGUAAAAUAACGCAACCCAUUAAAUCAUCAUCAUUUGUUGUGGAAGGUGAAACACCCACGAAAAGCACACAUUCCACCACCACCAACACCAACACCAAUACACAAACAUCUUUCGUGCCAAAUUAUGUUAGUAAUAAUGAUUAUGCACAAAAGAAAGUCACCACCCACACAACCACAACCCACAAUACCAAUACUAACACCCAAUUUAAUGAUAAUAUUAAAACAACACCACUAACCAAUAUUCCUCCUUCUUCUCCUCCCUCUCCUCCCAAAACCAUCACCACCACCACCACAACCACGAACACAAAUACGAACACGAACACGAACACGAAUAACGCCGCAAAUCCGCCGACUUCCUAUCAACAAAACAAUAAAUAUCUGCCACCUAACCGUGGACCUAUAACGAACACGUUCAAUCGACAGGAUACAUCUAUUGAGAAGGAGCAACCGUACAAGACAAUAACCACAACAACUACUACAACAAACACAAAUACAAACAACGGCAAUAAGUAUGGGCACAGCGUAGAGACCAAUACAUAUCAAAAUCAAAACCAAAAGACCAAUGUAGACCGACAGACUGGACAGAGGGUCACCGUGGGAGGUGGCGGUGGCAGUUCAACCACCACUUUCGAACAAACACCCGGCUACUAUAACGGUCAGAGAGUAGUCGAAAAAGUGACCACGACGCAAAAAGAUAAUAACAUCUACGGACAAAUACCCGGUUACCCACAGGGACAAAAAGUGGUUGAGAAAGUUACAACCACCAACACAAACACUGGUAAGGUGCCCAGCUAUCAAACCGGGCAACGAGUCGUAGAAAAAGUCACCACUACAACCACAAAUGAAGGCUACAAACCCGUACAGCCCACAGGUGGUCAACGCGUCACUAGCAAUUACGAGACUAACCGUCAAACCGAGAAGAAUGUAGUGACCAAUACGAAUACGAACUACCAAACCCCACGCCCCUCUUUCCCACCGACCGAAAUAAAUAACGAACGCCUGUGCCCAUGCAAUGCCGAUCGUACACAAUCAACAAAACAACAAACUACAAUAGGCACACAACAAUCAACAACCUCGUCCUAUGGUAAACCAACGUCAGAUAGUAAACUGUAUAAUCAACAACAAUUCACAACACAAACAACAACAGGUGGACAAGCCAGCUUCGGCGGCAUUACAAACUCUAUGUCUCUACUACAACAAUUGCCGGUAUUCCCACAGGCGCCGGGUUAUGCCGCUUCAUAUGCACCUGAUAAGAUACCCAAGGGUGCUGUUAUAGCAUUCAUGCCGGUUAUCAUUUUACCACAAUCUGCUUACGAGCAAUGCGACAACAACAAUGCGAUACAUGAGAACGACAGAUACCAACAGAAUGUCGAUCCAUUCCCACUGGGUGUGCAACCAGCACCCAUACCAUUUAGCUUUAGCCAGAUCACGGGUGGAGCACGUCGAGACCAGUGCAUGUGCCCGUGUUCUUGUACACAAAACAUACCAGACAGACUGCAUAAGAAACGUGACGUAGACGUAGCAAGUGAGGGACUGAACGCGACAGUAGCUGUUAGUGAACAAGAAAAAGAGACAAAGAACGUUGAGGUAAAAGCUAUAGACGUGAUGAGCGACAAACAGAAUAUCGAGGGAACAGAGACAAUUGAAGAAAAGUCGAAAGAAACGACAGCGGCGAGCACGCAAAGCAUAGAGAUGGCGCACGUUGUGACGGACAAUGCUGAAUCGAAGCCGCUAGUUGGCGAAGAAUCAACUGCGAGCAUAACGAAAGCCACAGUAGGCGAAAAGAUUCAGUCAUCUGAACUGAAAAGUGAAGAAAAAAGCGAAACACUGGCGGCUGAAGAAAAGCAAGACUAAGAAAUGGACGUUUAAAUGAACGAGACGUACAUGCAAGACGACAUAACAUUAAACAAAAUUUUGUCAUUC